AUGCCGCUCACACCUCUCUCAUCCCUCCGCGUCUCCAAACAUCUAAUCCCCGCCCACAACCUCAUCCCCAACUGCAGCAUCCAGAACAAACCCCUCCUCAUCUACCACUCCGCCUUCCAACGCCCCAUCUCAGCAGCAAGAAUCGAAUCACACCUCUCCUCCGUGGGAGUAGUGAUCCCUCAAUGGCGCUUCACCAUGUACACGACGACUCACUUCCACAGCACAUCCCACGAGGUUCUAUGCAUCAGCCAUGGUCGAGCUCGUCUGUGUUUCGGUGGCGAGGAGAAUGAGGAUCGUGUUGAGCCUGUGGUUGAAGCUGGAGACGUUGUUAUUGUACCCGCGGGCGUUGGACAUCGGCUUUUGGAAGACUUGACCGAUGGGUUUGAGAUGGUGGGAAGCUAUCCAGAAGGUCACAAUUGGGACAUGUGCUAUGGCAAGUCGGGAGAAGAGGAAAAGGUGAAUGCGAUCAAGGAUCUGGAGUGGUUCCCACGAGAUCCUAUAUACGGGGAUCAAGGGCCAACAAAGGGCAUCUGA